AAAAUCGGGACAAUUAAUGGGCAAACAAGAAAAAUAUGCUCUUGGGAUCUUCCGUAAAUUCAAUGCUGUUUCAUGAAAAAAGUUUUUAGAGAGCUCGGAGACGUCUCAUUUCGUCCAGAAAUCUUUGCUCCUUGAAUUUGAAUAAACUAAUGAUAAAAAGUUCAAUUAUACUUGUACACAAGAAAGUCAAUAAAUACACAGGGGGUAUUUCUACACAAUUCUACACAACAUGAAGAUAAUUAUUCAUUAGAUUUUGAAAAUUUAAUACCAACAGGACGUAUAUUAAUUGAUCGUAAAUGUCUUAUUGAAAUGCAAAAUGAACCAACAUUAGAAAAAGAUGAAACAUCUGGAUCACGUUUAUUGGCACGUUUUAUACAUGGUUGCUCAACAAGAAAUAUUUAUACAAUUCAAACAAUUGAUUUAAACUUUUUAAUAAAACAAAAUUCAUUUGGUGAAAAUCAAAUAUUUGAAUUAUUAACUCCUAAGACUGAAAAAUGGAUCGUUAUGAUUGUAAAAGAUCCAUGGUUAAAAACUACAUUGAUUGAAGAUAUUGAAUUUAAGAAAUCAUCUGCACAAUUAAAUAAAGUACAAAAUUAA